UCCGUACAAAUACCGGCGAAAAUGGAUUCGGAAAAACCCUCAUCUCCAAUCAAAGACAAGGAUUUGUUCAAAGCUGCUGAAUCUGGUGAUUCAUCGCUCUUCAAAUCACUUCCUGAAGAACAGCUCCUCAAAUCCCUCGCUCUCCGUAAUGAAGAUGCUCGUUCUCUCCUUCACGUUGCCGUCUCUUCUGGACACACUGAGGUGGUGAAGAUUCUUGCAGCUGCUGAUCCCUCAGUGAGUGGUAUAAAUAGUGGUGAUGAAGAAGGUUGGGUGCCGUUGCACUCUGCAGCAAGCAGUGGUAAUGUGGAAAUUGUGAAGAUUUUGCUAAGAAGAGGUGCUGAUGUAAAUCUGAAAAAUGAUGGUGGUCGCACUGCUCUUCACUAUGCUGCUAGCAAGGGUCGAGCGAAAAUAGCUGAACUUUUGAUUUCACAUGGUGCUAAGAUCAAUGCAAAAGACAAGGUAGGAUGCACCCCAUUGCAUCGUGCAGCUAGCACUGGGAACUCUGAGCUGUGCGAACUAUUAAUUGAGGAAGGCGCUGAAGUUGAUGAAGUUGACAAGGCAGGGGAAACACCGUUGAUGACUGCUGUUGUAUGCGGCAAUAAGGAGGUAGCUUUGCUCCUCAUAAGACAUGGAGCAGAUGUUGACAUUGAGGACAAGGAAGGAUACACUGUGCUUGGUCGAGCUCCUAAUGAUCUUCGUCCAGUAUUAGUCGAUGCUGCAAAGAUGAUGCUUGAAGGAUAAACUCCAUGAGCUUAUAGUAGCCUAUCAAAAGACACAAUCCAACUCUGUAAAUGUUCAAUAUGAAGCGUGCUCAGCUAGAUACAGACCGAUGAAUAUCUUUCUGAAACUUUUUUAGUUGUAUGGGAGGAAAUCUAAAUGUUGUUCUGACUAAUUUACUGUAUUGUUUUCAACUAUCUUUAACAAAUAUGUUCACUCCUUGAGGAAACUA